AUGGCCGCCAGCGACAUGUUUUUACAACCCCCAAGUGAUGAGGAAUAUCCACUUGUGCACCGCGAAACUUCCCAUUACAACCCGCUGCAUACCUUCCGACUGCCCUCGGGCAGCGAACGACAGUACCAACAGCAAUAUGGCGACAUGUACUUCUUGCGACUGGCAAAACUGAAACCGGUCGUGGAGGCGGUUGGAACAGAGGCCUGGGAAGGGUUCAGUAUCGCUGGAGAACAUGCCCACCGUGUAGAACGAGUACUCGAUGUCCGGCAAGGAGAACUGUGCUGGGUUGCCGGGACGGUCUACAUGGACAUGCCAUUGAAACCGAAUAUUCUCGACGAUCUGUCGAAAGAGAAUCACAUUAUAGCCCCUCCACCUCGUCGGACUUACAUCGACCCUGCGCAUCCGGAGUUGACCCAGAUCAUGUUAGAAGACGAGUCGGGCCGUCUACGCCUGACAGGAAAUUUAUUGAGAUCCACGCAGCUCGCUACCGGCGCGAUCAUCGCUGUACUGGGGACGGAGAACGCGAAUGGCGAUUUUGAGACGAUUGAUAUCAGAGUGCCGGAUCUGGCUCCGCAGCCUCGGCGGUGGGAGCGAGAUGAAGCUCAAUCCAGUGGCAAGAGGUCGAGUAAGGGCAAGAUUGCUUUUGUGAGCGGGCUGGGGAUUACCGGGACGUCGAGCGAUGCCCUUGCGCUUGACCUUCUAACGGACUACCUCCUUGGGUAUACUGGAUCAACGGGCGAGAGCAGUGACGGCUCGGCGCCGAACGCGUCCACAAUUACGAGACUGAUCAUCGCCGGUAACUCGCUUGGUGCCUCGGUGACGGCCGAGGCAGCUUCUGCUGGGACGGAGAGCGGAGCGGUCUCGAAGAAGAAGAGCGGACCGAAGAAGUACGGCUACGACGCCUCGGCAUACAACGCCUCGCCGAUUACACAGUUGGACAAUUUCCUAGCGGAGAUCCUGCCCAGCAUCCCCGUUACGCUCAUGCCUGGUGACAGCGACCCGGCGAACUUUGCACUUCCUCAGCAGGGAAUCCAUCGAGCCAUGUUUCCGCGAUCCAGAGCGUACUGCGCUGCACCGCCUUCUAAGGAUGAAACGCCCGAGCCGGGGUGGUUCGACAGUGUCACCAAUCCGUGGGAGGGAGACGUCGAAGGAUGGCGGCUGUGGGGCAGUAGUGGGCAGAACGUGGACGACGUGCUCCGAUAUCUGGAUUUUGCCGAUGGGGAUGCUGAUCAGGACGCCGGCGACGGCGACAUUGAAGCCAGGAUGAGGAUCAUGGAGGCCAUGUUGCGUUGGAGGUGCGGAGUUCCCACUGCGCCGGACACAAUAUGGUCUUAUCCAUUCCAAACAAGCGAUCCCUUCGUAAUACAGUCCUGUCCGCAUAUUUUCUUCGCGGGCAAUCAACCGCGAUUCCGGACAGCCUUGUUGGAAGGCGACUUGCCCCUUAAGCUCAACGGCACAGACACAGAAAUGAGCGACGCACCAGGCGACGCCGGUCCGCGUGUCCGUCUCUUGUCCAUUCCGAAGUUCAAAGAAACCGGCGAACUGAUCCUCAUAGAUACCGAGUCACUGGAGGUCGAGGUAGUCAAAUUCGGGGUUUUUGCAGGCAAAGAAGAAAAGCAAUAG